CUUCUCUGGGCUUUAAAACCUGCGAACAGCCACUGCCUCCAAACUGCCUGGGGGGUGAUGUGCUGAAGUGGCACAGGGGAGAGCACCAUGAGGCUCCAGCUGGAGAAGCAGCUCCUCUUCCUCUCCCUCCUCUGCAUUCUCUCCAAGGUUUGUGCCCAGCUGUGCCGGAGACCCUGCUACUGCCCCUGGGUGCCACCGCGCUGCCCCCGCGGCUCCCCCCUGGUCCUGGAUGGCUGUGGCUGCUGCAAGAUCUGUGCCCGGCGCCUGGGAGAGCCCUGCGACUUCCUGCACGUCUGUGACCAGAGCCAGGGCCUCGUCUGUGACUACAGCUCAGCACCUGCAGGGACAGGAGGCACCUGCAACUUUGAGGACGAUGAGGAGGGCUGCGAGGUGAACGGCCGGCUCUAUCGAGACGGGGAGGUUUUCCAGCCCAGCUGCAAAAUCCAGUGCCAUUGCUUGGACGGGGGCUUCAACUGCAUCCCGCUGUGCCAGGAGGAUGUCCGGCUGCCCACCCCGGACUGCCCCUACCCCCGGCGGGUGGAGAUCCCAGGGAAGUGCUGCCCGGAGUGGAUCUGUGAAGCCCAGGACCAGCACCUCCUCCGGGAUGCCAGGGCAGCCGCCGGGGCCCCGCUGCUGCGCUACCCCUGCCAGGAGUGGGGCACGGAGUGGAGCCCCUGCUCGGCCACCUGCGGGCUGGGCUUUGCCACCCGCGUGUCCAACCAGAACCGCCACUGUCGCCUGGAGACCCAGAGGCGGCUCUGCUCGCUCAGACCCUGCCCGGCCCUGCCAGCAGCGUUCCCAGCGAGGGGAAGAGGAGGUCGUUUGUAGCUGUGCCCACCCCCGGAUUCACGCUGGAGCCAACGCCUCAUCCCGGCAAAGAGUCUGGCACGAACUCUUGGCACUGUGGCUACGGUGAAGAUGGAGGAUGUUUCCAUUGGGAAAACAGAGAAGAAAUGAUGGACUCUGGCUGCAAAGGAGGCUGGAAACAGACAACAAGAUCCCCGUGUCACCCAUCACCUGCCUCCUCUGUACACCCUGCUGCCCCGGGCAGGGUUACUGGGCAGCAUUCCGAGUUCCUUAGGCUGAAUGAAAUGGGAAAUGGGGAAAUCCCACUCCAAGCAUAAACCCACCCAUGAAACCAGGAAUUGGUCCUUUCCUUGACCAGUGGAGCUUCUGAAGAGGUGAUGCUGCUUCUCCGCCACAUCGCACAGCUCUGCUUUGCAGGGACUUGAAGAGAGACCGUCUCCAGCACCUGGAAGCCAAAAUCCCUGGAGGGAACCCUCCUGGCCUGGCCCCCCAGGAAGGGAGCAGGGCAUCAGGCUGCACCCCACAAGUCACUGUCACACCAGGCUGAGCUGCUCGACCACGCAGGAGCUCAGCCAGCCCACGGUACCCACCCUGCAAGCCAGCAGCCGCUUCCCGGGUACGGGCAGGGUCCUCCCGAUGGCAGCUCUAAUUCACCUUCCCCUCAUCCCUCCAGAAUAAACACGAGCCUUCCCGCUCUGCCUGGCCUCCUCCUCUCCAAAGCGCUGGUGGUUUGGCAGGGCUUCGGCAAGCGAGGAGCUCAGACACCGGAGACUGCGCUCCGCAGCACCAGACAUACCGCCUGCCAUCCAAGCACAUUCCCCGCCAGCCGGGGCCAAGGGAAAAGCAGGAAAAAGGGAAAACAAAUGGCAAAGAUGAGUCGGGGCCGUCUCCUGACGGGCUGGAGCUGCUCCAGCCAUGCGGGAGUCGGUGCAGGAGAGCUUUUUUUCUCCCAGUAAGAAGUGCUUCUGGGUGAUGGAAAAAUGAAACCCAAAUGCCCUCUAAUGGCCUCGCACAAAUGUGCAGGGGGAACGCGCGUUCCACAGCGGGAAGGAACAGCGGUUUGGGUGAUGUGUCCAGGUGAGAAAUGGACUUUUUAGAUGUGUAUUUCUGGAACUAAUAAUAAAGA